ACAUUACUUCAGUGGGUACAUGUUUUUCCUUAUCGCCUGAUACUGCCCGGGUGUUGUGUGUCACUCGGUUUCCCAAGUUCGGUUCGUGUUUUCCAGAAAUCCAGUUUUUCUUUUCCAUCGACCGGAGGUUCCCUUGCUAGGAGUGCAAACUGCUGGAAGAUGGCGGUUGGGAUGCUGUCUGAAACUGGAGCGCAGUGGUGGAUCUAGUAAGCUAGGUAGCUAGCUGGCGCUAACUGGAUACAGUACGCAACGGAAUUAUGUUUUGUUUUGAUAUCUACAAUUAUCGGAGAUGGACGUUGGAUUUUCUAUAAGGAACUCACACCCGUUAAAUAGCCGGAAUCUGGAGCACUCUUUCCAGUGGGGUUUUUAAGACGUUAGCUGGCUAUCAUUUUCCCGAACCAAUCCCAUACCGCUAGCUUGCACGCUAGCUAGUAUUAUCUGCAUAGUCGUGUAGGAAGAAAGUGGAUGAAAAUGUCGGAUAGUAAAGUAAAAGUUGCAGUUCGAGUCCGGCCGAUGAACCGGAGAGAAUUGGAACUGAAUACUAAGUGUGUUGUGGAAAUGGAGGAAAAUCAAACUGUCCUGCACCCACCGCCUUCAAACACAAAAGGGGAAAACAGAAAACAGACCAAGGUGUUUGCCUUCGACCACUGCUUCUGGUCCAUGGAUGAGUCCAACCACACAAAGUAUGCCGGCCAGGAAGUAGUGUUCAAGUGCCUUGGAGUGGGGAUCCUGGAGAAUGCGUUUCAAGGAUACAAUGCCUGCAUCUUCGCCUACGGACAGACGGGUUCUGGGAAGUCCUUCUCCAUGAUGGGGAACGUGGAGCAGCCAGGCCUCAUCCCCCGGCUCUGCUGCUCCCUGUUUGAGAGGGUCUCCAAGGAGGGCAACGAGGCGCACUCCUUCAAGGUGGAGGUGUCCUACAUGGAGAUCUACAACGAGAAGGUCCGAGAUCUGCUGGACCCCAAAGGGAACCGUCAGUCUCUGAAGGUCCGGGAGCACAAGGUCCUGGGCCCGUAUGUGGACGGGUUAUCCCAGCUGGCUGUCACUAACUUCGAGGACAUCGAGUCGUUAAUGUCAGAAGGGAACAAAUCUCGAACGGUCGCCGCCACCAACAUGAAUGAGGAGAGCAGCCGCUCCCACGCCGUCUUCAGCAUCAUCAUCACCCAGACCCUGUACGACCUGCAGUCUGGGAACUCGGGGGAGAAGGUCAGCAAAGUGAGCCUUGUGGACCUGGCGGGCAGCGAGCGCGUGUCCAAGACGGGCGCGGCGGGCGAGAGGCUGAAAGAGGGCAGCAACAUCAACAAGUCCCUGACCACCCUGGGCUGUGUCAUCUCUGCCCUAGCUGAUCAGUCUGCUGGGAAAGGGAAGACCAAGUUUGUGCCUUACAGAGACUCUGUCCUCACCUGGCUACUCAAGGAUAACCUUGGGGGCAACAGCAAGACGGCUAUGAUUGCCACUAUCAGCCCAGCUGCGGAUAACUAUGAAGAGACCCUGUCGACACUGCGCUACGCCGACCGAGCGAAGAGGAUCGUCAACCACGCCGUGGUCAACGAGGACCCCAACGCCCGGAUCAUCCGCGAGCUUCGGGAGGAGGUGGAGAAGCUGAGGGAGCAGCUGUCCCAGGCGGAGUCGAUGAAAGCCCCUGAACUUCAGGAAAAGCUGCAGGAGUCCGAGAAGCUCAUCCUGGAGAUGACGGUCACCUGGGAGGAGAAGCUGAGGAAGACGGAGGAGAUUGCACAGGAGCGUCAGAAACAGUUGGAGAGUAUGGGCAUCUCCUUGGAGUCUUCAGGGAUCAAGGUUGGAGAGGACAAGUGCUUCCUUGUGAACUUGAAUGCUGACCCCGCCCUCAAUGAGCUGCUGGUCUACUAUCUGAAGGACCACUCGCGUGUGGGAGCUGACACAUCUCAGGACAUCCAGCUGUUUGGGAUCGGGAUCCAGCCAGAACACUGCUUACUUGACAUCAGCCAGGACGGGGAUGUCACUCUGUCCCCCAUAGAGAACGCCAGAACCUGUGUGAAUGGCACCAUCAUCCACUCCAUGGUCCACCUCUGGCAUGGUGACCGCAUCUUGUGGGGCAAUAACCAUUUUUUCAGAAUCAACCUGCCCAAGCGGAAAAGGCGGGACCGUUUGAAGGAGAUGGACAGGGAGUCUCCAAGGGAGAGCUUUGUGGAGCCGGACGUGGAGACGGCCAGCGAGGCCUCGUCCGAGCAGGACUACAGCUACGAGUUCGCCCAGAUGGAGGUCAUGAUGAAGACUCUGGGGAGCAACGACCCCAUGCAGAACGUGGUGCAGGUUCUGGAGAAGCAGUACCUGGAGGAGAAGCGCACUGCACUGGAGGAGCAGCGCAUGAUGUACGAGCGCGAGCUGGAGUCGCUGCGGCAACAGCUGUCCCCUGAAAGGCCCCACCCCCAUCACCGCUGCAGCGCCGACCGCCUGUCAUUCUCCUCACACCCCGCCCACAGCAUGCUCCGCCUCUGGAGUGAGGAGCGGGACGAGCUGUUUCGCCAGAGCUUGUCUCGGCUCAGGGAGCAGGUGGUCAAGGCCAACACUCUGGUGCGGGAGGCCAAUUUCCUGGCGGAGGAGAUGAGCAAGCUGACGGACUACCAGGUCACCUUGCAGAUCCCCGCUGCCAACCUCAGCGCCAACCGCAAGCGAGGAGCCAUCGUGAGUGAGCCGGCCAUCCAGGUGCGUAGAAAAGGAAAGGGGACGCAGGUCUGGACCAUCGAGAAGCUGGAGAACAAGCUGGUGGACAUGAGAGAACAUUACCAGGACUGGAAGGAAGGAACUGAGGAGAUGAACAACAAGCUGAACAACAAACGUGGCGAUCCGUUCUACGAGGCACAGGAGAACCACAACCUCAUCGGAGUGGCCAAUGUCUUCCUGGAGUGCCUCUUCCAUGAUGUCAAGUUGCAGUAUGCAGUUCCCAUCAUCAGCCAGCAGGGGGAGGUGGCAGGCCGGCUGCAUGUGGAGCUGAUGCGGGUCAGUGGAGCUGUGCCCGAGCGUCUGGCUGGGGGGGAUGACUCCUCAGAGAACUCAAGUGAAAGUAGCAGCUAUGAGGUCAUGGACGCCAAUGGGGAGAUAGUCCACAUGGCCAAGAAACUCACCUGCAGGGUGCGGAUCAGAGAAGCUACCGGGCUGCCUCUGAACCUGUCCAACUUUGUGUUCUGUCAAUACACCUUCUGGGAGCAGGCGGAGCCCACGGUGGCCCCGCCCAUGGUCAGCCCAGACACGCCCUCCCCUCACACCCCCGACUCACAGUUCACCGUCAGGUUCGAUCACUGCAAGGACUACGUGGUCCACGUGACGGAGGAGUUUUUGGAGUUUAUCUCCGAAGGGGCUCUGGCCAUAGAGGUGUGGGGUCACCGCUGUGCUGGAAACGGGCGCUCACUGUGGGAGCUCGACGCUCUGCAGGCCAAGAGUCGCACGUUCCGAGACCGGUGGAGUGAGGUGUCUCGGCGGAUCGAGUUGUGGGUCUCCAUCCAGGAGCUGAAUGAGCAGGGGGAGUACUCUGCUGUGGAGCUGCAGGCCAACAGGGACAUCAGCACUGGGGGGGUCUUCCAGCUCCGGCAGGGUCACUCUCGGCGGCUGCAGGUUUGUGUGAAGCCGGUCCAGCAGUCUGGCACUCUGCCCCUGCUGGUGGAGGCUGUGCUGUCAGUGUCCAUUGGCUGUGUGUCAGCCCGAUCUACUAAGCUACAGAGACCACUGGACAGCUACCAGAGGGAGGAGGAUGACGAUAUGGAUAGUUAUCAGGAGGAGGACCUGAACUGCGUGCGUGACCGCUGGUCUGAUGCCUUGGUCAAACGCAGGGAGUACCUGGAUGAGCAGAUCAAGAAGAUCAUCAACAAACAAGAGAAGUCGGAGGAGGAUGUGGAGCGUGAGGCGCGGUUGGUGGAGCAGUGGGUGGGGCUGACGGAGGAGAGGAACGCAGUGCUGGUGCCGGCGCCUGGCAGCUGCAUCCCUGGUGCCCCUGCACACUGGGUGCCCUCUGCAGGAAUGGAGGUUCACAUCCCUGUCCUCUUCCUGGAUCUCAAUGCGGACAACCUGACGGUCAGUGAUCAGAUGACUGGGCCGCACGCUGCUGGAGUGAACUCCAUCCUGCCCAAAGAGCACGGCAGCCAGUUCUUCUACCUGCCUAUCAUCCGACACAGUGACGAAGAGGUGCUGGCCGUGUGCUCCUGGGACUCCUCCAUCCAUGACUCGGUCCACCUGAACCGGGUCACCAGCCCCAACGAGCGCAUCUACCUGAUCAUCAAGGUGACAGUCCAGCUCAGCCACCCGGCCUCUAUGGAGCUGGUGCUUCGCAAGAGGAUUGCGGUCAACAUCUACAACAAGCAGAGUUUCACCCAGAGUCUGAAGAGACGGAUGUCAAUGAAGAAUUUGCUCUACUCCUGUGGAGUCACAUACGAGAUUGUGUCCAACAUACCAAAGGCGUCAGAGGAGCCCGAGGAGCGGGAGACCCUGGCGCUCAUGGCUGCGCGGGGAGAGAGUGAACGGUCCCAGGACGGAGAGACGUACAUCGAAAAAUACACCAGAGGGGUGCUGGAGGUGGAGAACAUCCUGAGUCUUGAGAGACUGCGGCAGGCGGUAACGGUGAAGGAAGCUCUCUCUGCCAAAGGAAGACACAUCCGGAGGAGCAUCAGCACGCCCAACGUUCAGCAUGUGUCAUGCAGUAAAACGGACUUAACAGGGUGUGAAGAUGAAGAUUUCAAGGGGCAUUCUGAGAGUCAGCCAGACAUCGCCAACUGCAGUUUACAAGAUGGCGCACUGUGCUCCACCCUCCCCAGGGACUCACCCCUCAAGAGCAAGGAGUAUCCUGGCUUGGUCCCAGAGAGCCCCACGUUCUUCAACUCCAGCCCCUUCAAGGCCCUGUCCCCCCAGCCGCCCAAGUUCCUCAAGGCCCUGAUGCCGGUGAAGGAGGAGCACAAGUGCCGGCGAUCGCUGGAGGCCCGACCGCUCCUGGGGCAAGAGCAGAGCAUGCGCCCGUUUGCGGAACGCAAUGCGCUGGCCCCUCACUGCCCCUGGCGACGCCCGCGGGCGGGAAGUGAGGGCCACAGCGGCAGCGGCGGCGGGCAGCUCAGUCUAGGCUCAGAGCUCAGACACACACACCGACACACGCCCGACUCUGAGGAAGAAGAGCCUGAGGCGGGCACUCCACCGAGGCAGCCGAGCAUGCUGGGAUUUGGCCUGGACUCACAGGAGUUCCCAAAUCUCCAGCCUUACGUUCCAGAGGACUUUGCCAAUUUCGAGGUGUACAACGCCACCCUGGAGGGGCGGGAGAGCGGCCCGUGUGGAAGGGCGGAGCUGGCUGUGGCCGGAACUGUAGCCGGGGGGCGGGUCUUUGAGAAGGAGGUGUCCCGGAGCCCCACGGCCAGCAGCUGCACCAGCGGCUACUUCUCCCACAGCGCCUCCAACGCCACGCUCUCAGACGUCAUCUUCACCGGCAGCGACAGCUCGGACCAGCUGAGCGCCUGCAACCGCGACCCCCCCGACCUCCACGAGCUCCCCCCCUCCGCCAGGAGGAGCUCGCUCCAAACCAAAAGUGCCUUAGGGGGGGAGGCCUCGCUCGUACCCCCCAGCCCGUACGAGACCGCCUCGCCGCCUCCCCCUCCGUCGGCCUGCACCCCAAACUGCUCCGACAGUGACGACCCGAAGGACGGACAGUCCAGCCCGCUCCCCAGGGGGUGCGUCCUCAGCAUCAGUCAGGAGUUCACCGACUUCAAGAGUGCUGAGGAUGGGGCUGAGGACGGGGACCUGGGCCACUGUAAGGAAGAGGGGUGGCAGUCUGGGAAAAGGUGCCUUUUCUCAGGCCAUGAGGACCAGGGCGCACCGCACACCUGCCACAUGCACAACGGCAAAGAGCCGGUGCCGCCAAACUCGCAGGAGGCGCAGUGCCAGGGGAACGCCCCGCCCCCCUCCCCGCCGCACUCUCCCCCAGCCGCCCCGGACCAAUCCCCAGCCUCACCUGACCAAUCCCCUGCCUCCGAUCACCCCACGGACUCCUCGAGCGGGGACGAGGGCGCGCCCGUGGCCCAGCUGCCAGACUGGAUGGCCCCCGGGGAGCGGGUGUGGGUGGGGGAGAAGGGCGGGAUGGUGCACUAUGUGGGAGGGGUGGAGUUCGCCGAGGGGAUCUGGGUGGGAGUGCAACUGGAUGUUCCAGCUGGCAAACACAAUGGCACCGUUCAGGGGCGGGUGUACUUCCGCUGUCCAGAUGGCCACGGCGUCUUCGUCAAACCAUCACGUCUCUCCAGAGAGCCCCCUAAAGGACCCCAGCCCCACAGUGCCCCCUCAAGGUCUUCCAGGUCCCAUGAAAAACAGGGCAGGGGUUUCACCCAUGAAAAGGGGAGGAGCAGGGUGGAACAGCAGGCCUCCCGAAACACCUCCCAAGACCACCGGCGAUCCUGGAACAGCUGAGCUCAGAUGGACUUGACCCCACGCUUCUCCAUGUAUUUUGUGUGUCCUGCUUCAUGGUUCUACGCCUACAGGAUACAAGCUUCAACCAUUACCCCCCACCCCCUUUUUUGUCUUAAUAAACCUGAUAAGUGCUUUUUUAAAGCUGGUUAUGUCACUGAAUGUGUUGUAUAUCAAAUUUUCAAACUUUUCUGCCAUAAAAUGUUUUAUUCAGUUUUUUAUAUUUUAUUUCUUUUUUUUAAUGUUAUGUUCCACUUGUGUCCAGCAUCUAGGGAGCUGUGGCUUUCACAACAGCUGUGUUUUUUCAUUUCUGCCACUACUAAUGAAGCUGGUCGCCAUGAAUAUUUAAUCAGAAUCACUAUGUUCUUUCAGAGGAAAGAAUGUACUUCCUGAAAAAACUAUGGUGUGAGACAGAUGAACGCAUGGGGAAAUUUUUUGAUUGAGUAUAUACCACUGCUGUUAACAAGUGAAUAUUUAUGAUGGUGGUUUAAUUCAUUAUCAAUAUUAUGAGUCACCAAAGAACUCAAGUUUCUGCUGUUAAAACUGUCCCAAGUUUGUUAAUACUGUGUGUGGGUGUAUUUGUGUAAGUGUGUGGAAAGCUUCGUGCCAUAUUUCUGUUAAUAAUCAAGGCCAAGCUCGUGUGAACUAUUUAUCACCUGUGUAAAUCAGGAAUUGCAAGCCAGUUAUCGAGUGAAUGCUAUACUCUUCUACCUUGAGAGAUGUGGGUAUGUGUUGACAUCACUGACCAAAUGGUGUUUCUUUGGUACAGAGGGUAACCUGGUGUCCCAGUCGGGUUGAACUACAUUUGCUUGUUCAAGAAGCCUCCUAUGGGUUUGCUAUGCGAUUUGCACAUUGCUGCAGUAACCAGUAUAAUCUUCGGCCUAGCCAUUAUAAUGCCUUACUGCCCUGUUAAUGUGGAGAGACAGGAACACUGUUCUGUGGGUAUAGUGUCUUUCCUGUGACCACAUUACGCUGCCCCAACAAGGACACACAAUCUGCAUAUGACGUAAUGCCUAGGGGCAUUUAUAUAACAACCAACUCACUGGCCUGUGUGUCAGUAUGUCUGAAACAGUGUUACUGCGACUGCAAGUCAUUAUGUGUGCUUGACUGAAUGACUGACUUCUUGUUUUAAAUCUACGGUAAAGGUACUCAUGCAAAUAUAUAGAUAUUAAAUAUAUAUAUAUAUUUUUGGAGGAAUGAAAUUAUGCGUAGUAAGGGGCAAUAUCAAGGAAAUGAGAAAAAUAUGUAUAUAUAAUAGUUUUGUAUACUGAAUGAUAGUGGGUCAUCUGCACUCUGCUUGAAAAAGUAACUUUUAAAGGGAUAACUAUGGUGUAAAGAGCUGUGGAUCUGAUGGGAUGUCAGAGGAGUAAAUGAAUGCUGUAAUUUUGAGUAAAUAAGAGGAAAACCCAGGACCUUACUUUAAAGAAGAGGACAAAGCUGCUCUCCUUCAUGAGGAGUUGUAAAUACAUCCUUAUCUGAACAUAGUGUUUUCCUAUAUUAUAAUGUACAGAAUUGUAAUUUAUAUUGUAUUUCAGCAAAACUGUUUUAAUCAAUGCAAAAGUGUUUUAGAAUACAGAGUUUACAAUCGA